AUGCUCACAAACUUGCGCGGCGCUUCGGUCAAUCUGCGCUUCCGAUACUCUCAUACCCUGGGAGACAGCCAACCCGAGGAGUCUUUAGAGACCAACAAAACAGUUCUUGCGGACAAAUCAGAUGAAGCACGACUGGCGUGUCUCUUUGUGUGGGCAGCCAUCAUCCCCCGCAAAGUGUUCAUCGACAUCAUCAGUGAGGCAGCAAGAUGUUUUCUAUUGGAUCAGUUCACUUGGCCACCAUUGCGCGAGCGUGAGUGGCUCGAAAUCGUCCGACGGCGCUUCACCCGCCAUCAGUAUCGACAGUAUCUCGCCCUGGCAACGCCACGAGAUCCUGCUCGCGCCUUCUUUGCGCGCCAGCUGCGGUCUAUGCAGGAUGGCGCAGUGGAUGGGCCGAUGGUUCACUUUAUGAUCUUGCAUCGCAAGGAUCGCCUCACGCUCAAUCGUAUUGCCUCCCGACAAUUUCAUCCGGCAGACAUCUUCGAAGCUAUGAGACGCCAGACAAAUCUUGCCGCUAGGCAGACGGUCGUCAUCACGCUCGAUGAUACUAGGCCAGACUUUACUAUCGAGGCCCAUUUCACAUACGGCUCACGGGACUCGUUCAUGUUCAAUCCACACGCUGGGUCGCUACUAUCGCAGUCUCGGUCUGUCAUCCAAACGCAUGGCGUCGGCAAGAGCCCGCACUGCCAGCCACUGGGCGACGUUCUCAUCUACGGUCGUAUCAGGCCUUCCGGUCGCCCUGCAAACACGAUACAGAGCAGAGCCCUGUCCAUUUGCAGCGCCGACGUCUUCUGCUUAGUACCCGAUCUGUCAGACCAGGUCAAGGUUGAGAACGGAUUCGGGUUCCUAUGA